AUGCGGCCUCAACGAUCGUUGCAAACCUGCAAACUACCCGAUGACAAGUACAUGAAGUUUUUUCGCCUGACUGAUUACGCCAUUAGCCAGGAGGUUGUCCGUGCGCCGACUACUCAAUAUGGUGGAAUCACUCACGAAAUCUUUGACGAUCAAUAUGUACUCCAAACCCUCCGUGUUUCCGGUCCAUACAAGUCCUCUCCUGUGUGGCUUACGUUGGCGUAUGGAUCUGCCCGCAAGAUUGGACUAUUCAGCUGCCUGCUCUGCUCCACACCCUAUUUGCCCAGAAUGGAUUCGAGCGACAGUCACAACUUCCAUCAUCGAUCAUUCUAUCCUCCUUUCAUCGAUUGCAUCACACGAUUGAAUCAUUUGCAUCCUUGCCCUCGUUCCUGCAUUGCUUUGCCCUUCAGAGCCCACCACACAUACUGCUAA